CAUCUAUCAGUCAGACAUGAGGUGUGUAAUCGUGGAUGUCGAAACAAAGCAAGUGGAGUCAAAUGUGAUCUGUAGCCAGUCCACAAUGAGGAUAGAGAUCAAGAAAUCUUCAUUUCCUCGGCUCAGUGAGGACCAUUUGCGUCUCAACGACCCGUCCAACAUCAUUUGCAGCCUGAAGACUCACUCCAACAGCACCCAUGUCAUCGGCAUCGUCCCCCUGCAUGGCUGUGGCACCCAGAUCGAGGAAGAUAAUGACUACCUUAAGUUCAAGAAUGAAAUCACCACAUUUGACGACCUCAAAGAUGUGAUCACCAGGAAACACCUGCUGGAGGUUCAGUUCUACUGUCAGUACCCCAAACGAGGAAACGUGACUCAGAGCUUCUUGGUCCACAGGAAGAGCGUCACAGUGUGGGAGAAAGGCUUCGGCAGGUUCACGUACCAGUAUGAGUUUUAUCCUAAUGCUCAGUUCCACACCAUGAUUGAUCCCAAAUACUACCCUCUGGAGUACGACUUAGGGGGUCGGAUCUUCAUGCAGAUCGAGGCAAAGUCUACGGUCAACAACACCCAGCUGUUUGUGGAGUCGUGCAGAGCUGCACCGUAUGACAACCCCAACUCCAAACCAGUCUACUCCAUCAUUGAGAACGGGUGCAUGGAGGACUCGACUGUUCAAAUCCACACCCCCGACCACCCGAGGCAGUUCAGAUUCAGCAUGGAGGCCUUCAAGUUCAUCGGAUUGCAUGACCAGGUGUACAUCACCUGUCAGGUCAUGAUGUGUCAGGCUGGAAACCCCGACAGCAGGUGCUCACAGGGGUGCAGGCGAAACGUACACAGACGUAAGAGAGAGGCUGCCACCCAGACUUCAAUGCACCUCAUUUCCCAGGGUCCACUGCGCUUGAGCAGGUCAGCUGUGAGAACAGAGAGCCCAGUGAUGAACCUGAAUCUGAACAUGGCGUUCAUUGCCGGAUGUCUUCUUGCAGCCGUUGGCAUGAUCAGCGGAGUGACCGUGUACAAAGCCAGAGUAUCAAGGGUCAAAUACCAGCCUCUGUCUAUGUCUGAAAGUUAA